GCCUGCUGACGUGAUCUCUUGAGUUUACCCGAGGCUCUAUUCUCUUCUUCGGUGGGCCGCAGUUUUGCCGAGUGGCUUGAUCUCCAACUCUUGCAUGUUCGCAAUGCCCAAGGUCACCAAAAGUCCGUUUCGGAGCUCGCUACAUGCGAAUCGCUCCUGCCGAGCAUGCGAUGGCUGUAAGGUUCGAAAAGUCAAGUGCGAUCUGGCGACACCGAAAUGUUCCAGCUGCGUUGCGGUCGACAUCAACUGCACGUUUACCGCGCCAGUGCGGAAAAGAGGGCCCAGGCCCACGCGAUUCCCAGCACCCUGCGACCCUGGCGCGACAAUCAACGGAGAGUUGUCGUACGGAGCCCGUUUGACGGAGGAUCAUGCUGCAGUCUCGGUGCCAGAUGCCCCCAAUCAAUCACCAGGAUCCGGGCCAGGUCUAGAUAUUUUGCCCACGCCCCCUGCCAUAGCAAGCACGCAGGAUUUUGAGUCUGAUAUCGCCGCCAUCGGCAAAGCGCUGCUUUGCGGCCUCGGCUCGCCCGAUAAUGUCGAUCUUUUGGAGGAGAUCAUGGCAGGUUGCUCGGCCGCUUUUUUCGACAAGUUCUAUGCACUCGAUCCCCUGGUUCAUCGGCGUGCAUUUGACAUGCACUGCCGGCAGAUCUGCCAGACCUUGAGACAGCACCUCCUGCAAGGCGCGUCCCUGCCUACACCACUACCCGCAGCCAUGUCGGUCACUCCCAUCGACUUGGCCGUCGUCACGGCCGUCUGUGCCAAAACGCUACUAAUGUCGCCGAGCGAGAACCCUACUAGCGACCCCCAAUGGCGGGAGCCCAUGUUCCAAGCCUCGCGCAAGGCCCUGGCCGCUUACUCGGAAGUAGAGCUCGAGAAUCCGACCUCGGGGUCUAUCGUUGCCCGCUACAUACAAACCGGAUAUCUCCACCACAUAGGGAAGAGAAACCAGAGCUGGUUAAUCCUCGGCGAGGCCAUGCGGUUCGCCGAGGUCCUGAACCUCCAUCAGAAGCAGGCGUAUGAGGGCGACCUCGAUCCCUGGCAGCGCGAGCUGCGAAGCCGGCUCUUCUGGAUCCUGUACACGGCCGAUAGAUCAGCGGGAUGUAUCAUGCGGCGUGUUUCCUCCUUUUGCGUCAACGAGGCGCACGAGAUCGACGUGCCUUUUCCAGACGAGAGUUUCGACUGUGCGCAUAGCAGAGAAUCGAAUGGAGACCCCACGGAGCUUGUGUCCCUCUCGCCUAUCGUUGGCUUCAACCUCAACAGCCGACUGUGGCGCCAGGCGGACCUACUCUUUAGGGAGCUGCAGUACCUCCGGCACCGGUGCACGGUCGGAAACAUGAAGCUGGAAGGGCAGGACUAUGCGCGGAUUAGGCAAUUGCACGUGGCGUUCGAAACGUGUCUUGACUCUGCACCAGCUGCAUUUCAGCUCCCAGCUGUCCCUCUGAAUACUGGCUCUCCACACGGCGGACUGCCGUCCGGUAUGAUAGCGGUCCAGUCGGCCAACAUCCACGUCUCCUUCCAGUGUGUUCGGAUGAGGGGCCUAUAUGCCAUGGCAGAACUCUGUCAGGCGAGUGGACUGAACUACCCCUGGGGAAUGGUCGACAUCUCGCUCACGAAGAUCGACCUAGCCCGGCAGAUGAUUCAGGUCGUCAACUCGGUGUCGAUAGAGAGCAUCAAGGCCAACGGGGAGUCAUGUGCCGAAAAGAUUCGAUUGACAGGCGCGGCACUUUUGGAUGUCAUCAACGGAGACUCGGACCCGGCGCUGAUCGCACGGGCCGAAGCGCAUCUUGCAACCGUCAUCCAUAUCCUGACAAGCUUGAACUCCAAAGCAGUUGACGCCGUAACUUUAGAAAAGGCGCCGUAAUCACCGCUUGAUCCCUCUGUGGUUGGGCUAAUUCCCCGCGGCUAAACCCUCACUACUAUGAACCGAAAACACUCAGGAACCUCUGACCAUCACAUGAUCCAUCCGAAUCCGGGUAUCAAUCGACCACGUCCAGGCUGUGCAAACCUACACAUAUCUCCAGGCAACGGCGUGAAACACUCUCAAAUCACAAUUACGGCCGGCGGCGAUACCCCUAACCCUCCUCUGCGAGUGACGAAAUUCCAGCUCAUCGCAAUGCCAGCCUCAUCUAACCCUAUACCGUGUGGACCGAGCGGAAUUUAUACACCUCCUUCCCGUAGGAAUCUUUGUGGAUGUCGAUCAUGCUGUUAACUACUUAUGCAAAGACCAACCCAUCCCACCCCGCAGCCCUGCUCAGUUCACAGCGCCUCCGACACUCAGUCGCACUACCCGCAUACCGCGCCACGUUCCGCUGGGUCUUGUGAACAUGUUUGGGAAUUUCGGCACGGUGAGGCCGAGGUAUGUGUGUGGUCUGUAAUCGAUCCAUACAGCUUCUUCGCCCUUACUAGUACCCAUGAGAGGGAUGCGUUCCUGCCCUUCCAGUCAAUGUUUGCAAUAUCUCGUCCCAGUUCUCCCGGAUCGCGGUCAUUUGUUCGCUCGAGAUGUCGGAGUUGUGUGGGGGCGCGGCCCAGUUUGCAGUCCUCUGGAGGACGGGCCAGUCGUUCAGGAAACCCUGGUCGAAGGAGAAGGCGUACGAGACGGACUCGGAGUCGAAGCGGGCGCCUGGAUGGCAGUUCCAGUACCAUGUUUCGCCUACGUCUGGAGCUGACUCGAAGUCGUCUUCGUACUCGGUCCUGACAAUCUUGUUUUGAUCAGGUAAGGAAGGGCAUGGCUUCGGCACGAUCAAGAACGGUAAUGUCAAAAUACCCUGCGCUGGUCAGGUGAAGGGCAGUUAAAAGGCCCCAAGCCCCUGCGCCAAGUAUAAUGAUUCGACUGUCCUUGUCAAUCAUGGCAGCUUUUUUCCAAAUCGCAUCGCGCUGGUACCCAACCAUGUUAUCUUAGAAUCACUAUAGAAAGCCCGAUAUCAACCGACUUCACCUCCUUGCGAAUCCCCGAGCAGGAGAUCAAGAUUUGCCAUUUGUAUCAUAAUAACUUUCAGCCGCUUGAGAGCCUUGCUCGUGUUCAUAAAACAAUUCUAUUGGACGAAGACCCUAGUGCACUGGUCCCUUUCAUAUCUGCGGUAGAGAGAAAUAAGGGUCUACCCACACCCCACAAGGAGCUUCGACAUUAUCAUCCAAAAUCACAGCGACCUCGAUUAUACCUCACAAUCCCACAAACUGUCUAAUGACGCCCAGACGGGUCUAUUGAAGACUCGGACAGUCGAAGGAAAUAUACAGGGGAGCCAGCAACGUGCAGGCCAACCAAGUAUAUCAACCACUCACACUGGCGAACAGCUCCCUGUGCGCCAAUCUGCGAUCGGCAUAAACAAGGCUAACCACCAUAGACUUCUGCCUAAUUCAGUCGAGGGUCAAAAAUGCUCUUAUCCACUGCGCGGGCGCUUUUGCCAGAGUCAGUUUCCUUGUCGUACAUUACCCUCAUGGGCUUUUGCAGCGCGUUUUGGAUUAAAGUUAGCUGACAAGGGAUUAGAUCUAGCAUCAAAAUCGAGCAGGCCAUCAGUAGCUGGCUGUGUGUCAAUGAAAUAUGGCAUUAGGCUUGGACCCAUCAGAUUGCGAUACAUACACUCCUACCUAGAUAGCCGAACGCGUUCUAGCCCAGGGACAAGCAUCAAUCUUGUUUCAGAAGCGCUGAUCUCCUGUCAUCAAGGCGGCUGUCCAGAAAGGAA